AAAGACGCAACUGUUCAAGGCCUCUUCCGCGUUACAGCUCGGUUGCGUAGCAACGUAUACACUUUCAAGAGUAGUUUGACAAAGACAGAGAGACGAUGAUAAACAAAGGCCGCCUCUAGAGGCUCCUUCUCUUACUAUGUGAGUUGCCCGCGUCUUUGCCACAAUAAUGUCCAAGGCACAUGCAAAGAAAAAGGAGUCAUCUUCGAGCAAAGUGUCUUUAUCCGACCGGCAGACGGAAGCAGCGUCUCUAGCAGCCACUUCCUCUGAGAGCCUAGGAGGUGUGGGGAAAUACAGGGUCCCCAUUUGGCCCGAGUGGAAUGAUGCAGACGUCAACAGGGAGAAAUGGGACUCAAACAGAGGUCCUGAAGAUGGCAAGCCAACCAGGAGUCCUAGUGCUCCAUUUUUUGAGGAUCCCGAAGGAAAGCUGCUUCUGCCUCCGUGUUUGAAAGUUCACACCUGGAAGCGCCCAGCAGAGUUUAUUGUUGACAAGACUCCCACUGUUGUUGACAAUCAAAUGACAUUUGACCUAGUCUCCCCCAAUUGCCAUCUGCUUUGUAGUGAGCUGAUGAGGUGGAUUGUCAGCGAGAUCCACAUUCUUUGGAUGCAGUUUAACUGCCCAUCUACAGAGCACGAGGGAUGGAGACCUUGGGGGCACAUCUACUCUAUGUGUAAGGUGGUGAAUGGUCAUGUGCCACUUUUCAACAGCUAUGGCAAAUACAUGGUCAGACUUUACUGGAUGGGUUGUUGGAGGAAGAUAUUAGUGGAUGAUUUUAUGCCAUUUGAUGAGGACAAUAACCUGCUUCUCCCUGCCUCUACCUGUCAGUCAGAGUUAUGGCCAAUGCUGCUGGCUAAAGCUCUAAUUAAAGUGGCAAACACAAAUUUGUCAGAUGUCUGCGGGGGGAUGGACGAGUUCACUUUUAUCCACACCCUCACCAGCUGGAUUCCAGAAACUCGUCCUAUAAAGUCAGUGUACUUGAGAGAAAUUUGGGAUUUCUUACAACACUCCAUUCCUACAUUUAAACACCUGGAUGACAGUUUGCCAGUGACGAAGCCUGAGCCCGCAAAUGCAGCUCAAGUCAAGGCUUCCACCCUAAGUGACAGCAAGAAUCAGCUACUGGAGUCAGAGAAAUGUAAAGCAGACCCUGACAUAGUGGUUUUUGCUGCCUGCUACCCUUUUCAACUACAUAACAGUUCCUUUGGGUUUCGCAAAAUGGCUAAUUCCUCUGAAUUUCUACGUCGUUAUGGCCUCUCCUUGCUGCACAGCCAUGCUGUCCUGUUGACUCGUACCCGCGCAUGCCCGCUAGAGUCACCACCAAAACCUCCACCUGUGCCCCGUUGGAAACUCAUCCGUCAGCCCAAGGAGAUCUUGGUCACUGCUGAACCAAAGAAGAUCCCUUUGUCAAAACCAGAGCAGUUCAUUGAGGUUGCCAGCCCUUUUCUCUCCUACCGUACCAGGAGCAGCGGGGGCUCAGUUCCAGAGCUAGAGACCAAGCAAAACACUCCCAGGAAGUGUUCCCACGGAUCCCCUCUGGUCUCCAUUACUGAGGAAGAGGAGACUGAAUCUCAAGAAGGCCUUGAGCUUGGCGCGGCUGAAUGCACCACUAACUCACCAAACUGCACUGACAAAAUGGAGGUUACUGCAGAGGACAAGAAGAACAGUGAUGACAUCUCCAAUGAUAGGCCCCAAACUGAAAUCAAAGAGCCUGUAACUGAGGAAUCCUCUGCUACUAGCAAACCGGUCCUACAGAAGACCUGGGUUGACCUGGAGGACUUUGAUAAAUGCUUUCAGACUCUCUUGGUGUUUCAUAAACCACAGAUUUACCAGCAUCAUAUUCAGAAAUCACAUUUUAAGAAUACUGUCCUCUCCAAAACAACAGUAGCCAUCAAAUCCAGUGGAUCAUCCACACAGACUCUUAGCUCCGGAUCCCUUACUGUAGCAAGCCCUGAACAGUGUCCAGAGGUGAGAGGCACUUAUUACCUGUGUGUGGACAGCCUGCAACCUUCCCAGAUCCUCAUCAGCUUCUCUGCUCUUCUUCUCUGGGGACAUGCAGCUGAGGAGAAACAGGAAAUGUCAGCAGCACAUAGGUCUGCAGUUCUCAUCGCCGUGCCACACUCCUGGACAAGUCUGCAGUCUCAGCUGCCAUUUUUCUCCAUCAAGACCACCUCCACAAAGGCAGCUGUGUUAAACUUGCCCUCGGGGCGGCAUGUGCUGUGCAUCCACAUAAAUGCAGCAUUGGGUUACCAUGUCCACCUCUGCAGCAAGACACCAUUUAUCUUUGGAGAGGAAGAAACCAUCAUGCCACACCUUACGAAGGAAAGUGCCCAUUUCAUUGAGCAGGCCUCUUCCAUCUUUAGAGCCCUGUCCAGAUUGGUGGCUUCUUUUAGUGAUAAGCAGCAGCAACCAGCAUUAAGAAAGAGUCUGGAAGAAACUCACUGUCCCAGAAACAUCAGCACCACCCAGGAAAAAUGGGAGCACUGCAAGGUGUUUAACUUGGCAGUUUACCACAUGCUGCGUGAGGCUCUGGGGAGAAAGCUGAAAGCAGAUGAGCAGUUUGCUGUACAAGCUCUCACUGCUGACCCUUCACUGUUCCCUGAAGAAUACCCCGCUAUAUUAAAUGCAGAUUUGGAGCCCCCAGAAAUGUGGAGCGACAGGGAGCCAACAGACAGAGAGGUCAAGGCAGUGACCAUUCUGCAGGCUGGAUUCAGAGGGCACUUGGUGCGCGAGAUCCUUGAUGCCUCAAAACCUGGAACGGAGGAGAACCUCAGUGCGUCCAAGAUCCUUUCAUCCCUGUGGUGGACAAUUGAAUCUGAUGCACACAAACAUGCAGCUUUCUUGCUGAGGGAUAUCAUCAAAAAUUCUAAGAGGAAAGCAGACCUCUACCCAUGUCUACGAGAUGAAUGGACUAAAAUCGCCUUUGCUGAUUACACUGUCUCUCUUCCAGACACAGCCAACUCAUGGGUCUUGGUCUUUAGAGAGAUUUUCCUGGUUUCUGAGGAGAUGCUGGUGAUACCAAAGGUCUACUCUGCAAUCCCUAAUUGUCUGCUGCACGUCAUAAAUAAUGACACAGGAGAGGAGGUGAACAUGGUCUUCAACAGAGUAGCACCCCAUGUCUAUCAACCCAAUAAGCUUGGUUAUACCUUUGUAGCGGAGGCUAUCACACCUGAAUUACCCCCUUCUGGCGCAAAGUGGAGGAUGUGCUUGAUCGGCUCAAAGGAGCCACUUCCAAAGCUGUCCCGUGACACUCCAGUUAGUGAAUUCUCAGUAGAGGAAUUCCGGGAUUAUUACAUUCCAAAUAACAAAAAUCUCAUUUGUCGUUACAGAGUACAUGUAACAACAGACACUAUAGGAACCAUUCAGCUUCAAACUUCCCAUCCAGAUGUCUUGAUACGUCUAUCCAUUCUGGACCAUGAGAAACAAGUAGCUGGCAAAACCGGGAAGGGCCAUGUGGUGAUUCCUGUUUUUUUCUUCCUGGCGAACAAAGACACUGAAGAAAAGAAACGGGAGCAGUCUGUUUCGGAGAACACUCUCCAGCAAAACGAAGGGGAAGACAGCGCAGUUAAAAAAUCUAUCUCCUCAUCUGACCAGUACCAGCCUCCCACAGAGACUAUGGUAUCACUGACAACUGUCUGCGUGGUUCACAAGUACGUGGUGCAGGCAGAGGUGCUUUAUAAGACCUGGAAUCUGAGUGAAUCCCAGUUGGCUUUUGCCUGUUCAGUCAAAGACUUGGAGAACAAUCAGACAAGAGUAAGCAAGCUUGAGGAUGUAAAGCGUUCAUCUACCACUAGCACACCAAAUCGUGACGGCCACAAGUCUGAUGCAGCCAAAACCCAGCGCAAAACCAAAGGAGACAAGGGGAAGUCAGCUGCCGCUAACGAAACGAGCCUUGACCUAACUAAACCAAACUGGAUGCUACGUGUUGUCACGGACAACAGCAAAGAAAAAGGCAUCGACGUUAAGAGAGACACAGAAAGAAUAGACCAGAUUAAAGCCAUUAAAAAUGCAUGGGAAAUGGCCGAGCCGGGACGCUCUGCCAAGGCUUUUCAGUCUCGUCUCCAUUUUCUUAAACAAGUGCAGCAAAAAGAGUGUGGUGAUGCUGCUACAGAGGAAAACAAAGAUCCUGAUGCUUCAAGACCUGGUCAAGACAUCUCUCAGAGUGCAUCCAAUCAGAAGUUGACUGACACCCCCUGCUCCUUUCCUCACAUGGACUACAGUCACUUAACCAGACACCAAAAGGAUUCUCCUGUGGUGAUGGACUCGCACAUAGAAGAGGCCCAGCAGAGGGAGCGCACUGAAAAGAUCCAGACUUACCGGUUAGUCCGAGAGCAUGUGUUGGAGUGCAGAAAACAGGAGGCGUUCAACAGGAAGGAGCUAAUGAGACGUCAGCUGGAGAUGUAUCAAAACAUGCAGGCAGCCUUUGAGCAGCGCUGUAAGAACUUUCACAAUGCGUGCGAAGCAUUUAAUAGCCGUCAUCGAGCGAGCAUCAAAAAGGAACAAGAAGAGAAACAAGCUCUGGAGGAGGCCCAGUCGGCAGCUCUGGAAAAAGCAGCCUUCACCUCUGCUUCCGCACAGCCACCUAACAAGCAAGCCAAGAAAGCUGGCAAGAAGAAAUGAUAGUCAUUGGCACCAACAUCCAGUCUCCUCAGUAGACAUCUCAGAAGUAGUCACACUGAAUUAUCGUCAUUGUGUCCCAGCAUUGUUUACGUGCGCCUUACUAAACAACAUCAGAUGGGAAGUUUAUUUGUUCAUGAUUCAGUGCGUUCGCCUUUUCACUACCCCUUUAACUUUGAAAUGACUAGUUGCUCUAACUAUAGUGUUUAUUAAAUGUUCUAGUUUGAUAGUAGUUUAACAAAGAUGUUCAAACAAUUAUAAUAUUUAGAUCAUAAGAUAUUUAAUGUGUUCUUUACCCAUACUGUUCAUUAAUAGCUAUAAAAGCAGGAUUUAUAGUUUUUAUUCAUUUGAAUCUAAAGUGAGUGUUCACUGUUCAUGUUUUCUCUUUGCUCUACACAAGAAUAAAUUCAAAUUCUUUUGCUGAAACUGUAAAAAUAUCGCAGAGCUAACCUUAAAACUGAAUUGGAGGUCUGAAGGAUUUUUUUUUUAUAGCAAAACUAGUUUUUAGUUUAAAUUAUAAAUUAAAUAACUUGAAGGUCACAUUGAGGAUUCCUUUUGAGUGAUAGUUUCUGUACUGAGUAAUUAAACUUAAUUUUGAAUUAAAAAAAAAGCUAUUUAACCACUUAAUAUUCAAACAUGGCUUGCAAGGAUCUUCCUUUUGCCUCCUUUGGCUUCACAGAGAAGCCAGUCUCACUUGCAAUGUAUGGCUGGGACCUUCUGAUGCCCAAUAUCUCUGAUUAUAUUCCCCCAAUCUUUAGUUUUCUUGAAGGUCACUAUAUUGACCGUACGACUCAAUGCAUAGUGGGUACAGUCAACCUCCCACAAGCUGAGUGGUACUGAUUGAUCGGUUGAUUGAUAUAUUCUUGCUGAUACAGUCACAUUGUGCAAGACCAAGACAAAGUCAAGCACAUAACAAAAUGUAACAUAGGUAGGUGGCAGAUCUUUACUGCCACAUGGCAACGAUUGAUUAACAUCAAAGCUAAGUGAAUGCACAGACUCAGAAUGCUGCCGGUGUUUUGUUUUGUUUUUCUGUGGUCAAAUAAAUCUAAUAUGGUAAAGUGCCCUUUAUCUUAGUUAAGUAUUUAGCAUGCACGUAGUUCUGUGUACCUCAGAGUCGGCUGAUCAGCUGAAAAAUGAGAAGUUAAAUUGGAAAUGAAAAGGAAGAGGGUGCCAUCUAGUGGACAUUAAUAAAUUCUCAUUACCAUGCCUGCACUGUGCUGUCUCAAGAUUGACAAUAAUAAAUAGUUCAAUUUUUGAGCUGCUGCAUGGAGGAAAUUAUCAUUAUGCUGCGCGUGUAUAUGUGCACAUUUUAGACUGCGUGCAUGUUUGUGCGUGGACCAGAUAGCAGGAGGAGAAGAAUUAUAUGUGCCUGCUUGUGUAGUAUGUGUGUCCUGCAGCAAUUUGCUCCUCUUCUGAGGCUUUUGUACAGUGCUGCUGAAAACUUAUGGCAUAAAAUUCCUCUUUGCAAAAACUGAUUCCCUGUUAUGGAGCUAAAUUAGGCAGAUUCAGCAUAUGCAUAACACUUUAGUUGAAUUCAUUUGUGUGUGUAGUCAAACAUGCAUACAGACUACAAAUCUAUCUAAUAUUCCACAAAUAUGCCUUGAGCACAGUGUUAUUGCCACGCUAUUUUAUGUGUACAUCUCAUGCCGUGUUUUGUGUGUCUGUUCACUCUGUCAGGGUUCAUUUAACCAAUGACUGUUUCUACUCUUGCAACAGCAUGACAAAGCUAAUCCUGAAAGCCUCAGUCCUGGAACAGAACAUUCCCUCUUGCACUGUUGCACCAUUCUCACUUGCCCGGUUCAUUUUUUCCCUUCUAAAGCAUUAGCUGUUAUUUGACAGUUUCCAUACAUCUAAAGCCGACCUCGCUCUCCCUUGCAGGGUGCUUGUGAUACAGUGGUUGUCUGUCAGUGUAUGUGUGUUGUAUUAUUCUGUUGUUAGAGAGAUCACCCAUGACUCUAAUUGACGGUGACGUGUGUGUAUUAACAGAGAGGCGGUUUGUUAAUUGGCAGCUGUUGGCUGGUGGUUUGAUGCAAAUGUGUUGUGAGCAACAGGGGAACUCUAAAGUAACCUUGAAACCAAGGGGACAGACAGCCAUUGUAUAUGAGUGUGUGUGUGUGUGUGUGUGUGUGUGUGUGUGUGUGUAUGAGAGAGGGAGAGAGAGAAUGGGUGUGUGACUUCCACAAGUAAUAAGAAAAUAUUUGAUUCUUAAAUGGACCCAUAUUGAGCGGUGAUGAAAUGAACUAAAUACACAUUCCCGAGUGAUGUGGAGGUGGUGUUAUUUUAAUUCACUUUACAUUUCAGAGGUAAUAAUUCAAGAAUACCUUAAUCAAUUUCUUUGCUGUUGUUUUAUGAAUGACAUAAAGGGCAUUUUCCACUUG